AGUCAAAAACACACCGAUCGUGCGGCGCAAAUCUAAUUCAAAUUCUCACGCCACUUAAUCUAUACUCUUUUUACGCAUUGAUCAUGGAGGCGACUCAAGAUAAAGCCGUCUCUCCGCUGACCCUCGUUGUGACCUUCGGAGCACUUGCCGUUGCGUAUUUCAUCUUCUCGACUCUCAGCUCCGCUUUUCGUGGACCUCUGGCUCAGAUCCCCGGUCCUGCUUCACGCCAUCUCUCAAUCAUCCCAUAUAUUCGUGAUCUGAUCUCCGGUCGAUCAGUCAAUGCUACAGUCGAGCUUCAUGAGAAAUAUGGCGACGUCGUUCGUUUGGCUCCGAAUGAGGUCUCAUUCACCUCGGCCGAUACGGCUUGGACCGACAUCUACGGUUUCCGCACAGGGAAGCUAAAGGGACAUGCGAAUAUGGCCAAACAUCAGCAAUGGUAUGGUCCCUCGCCCAACGGUGUGCCCUCUAUCAUCGUCGCAAAUGAUGCUGACCACACACGAGGCCGCAAAGUUCUCUCUCAUGCGUUCAGUGAGAGGUCACUCAACGGCGAGGAGCCUCUCCUCCAAAACUAUGUUGAUCAACUUGUCUCUCGACUCAGGGAGACCAUCGCAGCGAAAGGCGACGCCGUCGAUAUGGUCAAGUGGUAUAAUUGGACCACUUUCGAUAUCAUCGCAGAUCUGGUUUUCGGCGAACCCUUCGGGUGUCUUCAGAACCUUGCAACUCACGAAUAUGUUGGGCUACUCUUUUCCUCCCUCAACGCCGCUGUCUACGUGUCCAUCAUGGAAUACCUUCCCUGGGUGAAAAGAUUCAAGAGCUUCCUCAUAGAUGCGAACAUCAUGAGCGCUCGCGCACGCUACUCGAAAUGGAUUGCCUCCAAAGUCGCCGCCCGUAUUGCCCGCGACAGCGAUGUAGAUCACCCGGACUUCAUGACCGACAUCCUCGCCAACAAUGGCGCCAAGGGAUCUAAACUCACCGAUCUUGAAAUCAACUCCAAUGCGAGCCUACUCAUCACCGCUGGUAGCGAGACUACCGCCACUCUACUCUCUGGUGCAACAUAUCUGCUCUUGCGGAACCCGGACAAAUUGUCAAAGCUUCAGGACGAAGUCCGCUCAGCAUUCCCUUCGUACGAGGAAAUCACCCUUGACGCGGUGAAUCGUUUGACGUACCUUAAUGCCACGCUUACGGAAUCCUUGCGAGCAUUCCCUCCAGUCCCCGUGGGAUUUGUCAGGCAGGUCGGUGCUGGAGGAGAGGUCAUCAGCGGGCACUACAUCCCUGAAGGUACCGCGGUGUCUGUCUCGCAAUAUGCGGCGAACCACUCCGAGGCAAACUUCGUCGAUGCAAAGAAAUUCGUGCCAGAGCGAUGGCUCGAUUCAUCACCAUACCCCGCCGACAAAAAGGCAGUCCUCCAACCUUUCAGUUUCGGCCCUCGUGCCUGUCUCGGCCGCUCUCUCGCCAACGCUGAAAUGCGCCUAAUCCUUGCAAAGAUUGUUUGGUCGUUCGAUAUGCACUUGGAAGCACGGAGUCAGGAUUGGCUGGAGCGCUGCACGGUCAUGAGGCUUUGGGUAAAGCCGGAAUUGGCGGUGAAAUUGACACCGGUGGAGAGAUCCUGAUUUGAACUUUGUCCUAUUGAUGAUUGAUGCUGGGAGGACAGGCGGGAUAUAGAGGUGGGAUUUACCUAAUGACAGGCGAUGACUUUUCGACUUUGUUUGACAUUUCGAUGACCUCUCACCUGGUAGCGGUUCCGACGUGUUUGAAAUGUGUCGAGUUGACUCGAAAACGCUGUUGGGCAGUGGUUGAGGAAUCCCGAGCGGAUUGUCCAGUACUGAUUCGAAAUUACUCCAAUGGCUCCCAUCGAUUGUAUAUGAGCGCUUACAUGCGAACAAAUUGAGUGAUGUGUUAUAAGAGCUCAAGAUGAUACAUACACGUCUUACGACAAACCUACCCUUGAAUCGUUCCAGCAAUUGAGCGAUGCUGGUCGCGAACAUGAUCGCAUCGCGAAAUUCUCCCACAUGGCUGAUAUAUGUUCUCUAAACAGGAAUAGAUAGGGGCGUUCGAGUCCAUUGCAAAUGAACGAUAG